AUGAGUAAUAAUAAUCAUACUCGUAACAAUAGAAAUGGAGGAUCGAGCUGCCGUGGUCCACGUCGAGAGCAGAAGAAGAAUAUGGACUAUGAGGCACGUGUUACCCGCAAAGGCAUAUCUGCAAAUCAUCUGCUCAAUUUUUCGAUGCCUGAACGUGACAACUCGGUGCAUCAUCACCAAAAGAAAAAGAAAAGUUUGGCGCCUCGUACUCAGGCGGAAUAUCUUCAUGCGAACUACCGCUUUGUGAUUGCACCAUUUGAUCCGGAUGCCGACGUGCCGACAUGGGAUUUUGAAGCUCUAACGGAAUGGUCUUGCGUGGAGCAGGUACUGCUGUGGUAUGACGUUGAAAGCCCGCAUACCUGUCCAAUUUGCAUGGACACUUUUCGCGCGCCCAAAAUUACCAAAUGUGGUCAUAUUUUCUGCUGGCCGUGUAUACUUCGCUACCUGUCGAUGACAGAAAAGUAUUGGCGACGCUGCCCGAUGUGCUUUGAAUCUGUGCAAAAAGGGCAUCUACGCAGUGUACAGCUUACUCAAGUGCAAAUUCCUCCUCGUGUGGGUUCCAACGCAACUUUUCAAUUUCUGGAGCGCCCGAAGUCCAGCAUGUUUCCUCAGCGUCGUGUCCUCUCUCCUGUUAACGUUGAAGCUGAAGACAUUAAACCAGAUUCUUCAUCGCGUUCAGAGGUUGCUGCUUUGGCCGAACGUAAGCGCUCUCGAAUGUUGCCAAGCGUGCAUGAUGUCGACGCGAUGUAUUCUAGGAUCUUGGAAGCUACGCCUGAGUAUUUGCAGAAUAUGUUGCACUCGGAAAUGGACGAUCUGCAGUCCAUGGACGCCGAAUUUCGUAGCAGCGGCGACGUGGACAACCUUCCUUUUGUAGAAGAGGCCAUGCGGAACACUUCAGGGCGUCUUACCAUGAGUAACGAUUUUGGCCGUGGAACAUAUGGUUCCUCUCCUGCCCACAGCACCGCCACCACCACUAAUGUAGCGAAGCGGAAGUCUCAUGCGAACGAUAGUGGUGAUGCAUAUUCAUUCUAUCAGAUUGCCAAUGGGACCUAUGUAAUUCUCCACCCGUUGAACAUGAAGUGUCUGCUAAAGGAGUUUUCGGAUGAGCGUCAGCAUGAGCUGAAUAGUGAACAUGCGGAGGACGCACAAGAACUAGAAAUUACAUGGACUCAAGUGGCAGCUCGUUUGGAGCCGGUGUCCGUUAAUCGCUAUUACUUGCUACCAGAAAAAGUUCACGGACGUAUUUUGGAUAUUGAGCAUGUGGUCAUGGAUGAAGAAGCGCAGAAGCGGUAUCGUUUCUUGAACCACUUACCACGAUUUUGCGAUUUCUACGUUUGUGAGCUUGAUUUGACACCUCAGCUUUCGCCUUCAACGCUCAAUGUAUUCCGCCAUGAACUCAAGAAGCGUGCUAAGCUGCGGAAGCACAAGGUCAAGCUACAAAACGCGCCGACUCUUUCAUCUCCAAUAUAUAGAAGCACCACGUCAACUUUCUCUCUUGAACAAGAAGGAACCAUGUGGCCGUCCCCUUAUGAGCAAUCGUUGGCCGAGUCUCUGGAAAAAUUUACUCUCCCUAAAUCAUUGAAGAUUAAACUUGAACGUGAACUUCAAACAGCAGUAUAUGAUGAUGAGCAGUCAUUUGCAUGUGUGACGGAAAACUCUGGGUAUUUUCCAGCACUUGGAAGUGGUACUGUGGAUGAUGCCAGACCUUCUGUUACGGAUUCGACCGAGUUUCGGUUACCAUCUGCAUGGGGAAACGUGUCAAGUACUCAACCAUCAGUGGCGUCGGCAGGGUCAGGCAAAGGUGGGAAGAAGAAAGGAUCGAAUAAGAAAGGAAUCUCGGUCUUUUCGACUACACAGCGCCGUUCAUAUCGUUGA